AUGCCAGAGACGGCAUACCACCUGCUCUUGCACCGAACUCUGACGCAGCGCGUGUACGACUCCUUCGCCUUGCGCGUGGUCUUUGAGAGGGAUAAGACAGGCUUUGAAGAAAGCAAGGAGUUCCCCAUCCGAACGAACAUGGUGGUGGCGGCAAGGUACCAGAUCAUUGAGUACCUGGGAUCUGCUGCAUUUUCGCGUGCAGUGCAAUGCUUGGACUUGGACACCAACAAGAUGGUCUGCAUGAAAAUUAUAAAGAAUGACAAGGACUUCUUCGACCAAUCCUUGGACGAGAUCAAGCUGCUGAAGUACAUCAAUGUAAACGGCGAUGUGGACUACAACAACGUCCUGCGCCUAUACGAUCACUUCUACCACAAGGAACACUUGAUCAUCGUGACCGAGCUUCUCCGUGACAACUUGUACGAGUUCAGCAAGUUCAAUCGGGAGUGCGGUGACGAGCCGUACUUUACCAUCGGGCGGCUGCAAAAGAUCUCUAGACAGAUCUUGACUGCCUUGGACUACGUGCACUCUUUGCGGCUCAUUCACUGCGACUUGAAGCCAGAGAACAUUCUCAUCAAGUCGUACAGCCGAUGUGAAGUCAAGGUUAUCGACUUCGGCUCCUCGUGCUUCAUCGAUGACCACUUGUCUUCCUACGUGCAGUCUCGGUCUUACCGAGCUCCCGAGGUGAUGCUGGGUCUCCCCUACGAUCAGAAGAUUGACCUAUGGUCCCUGGGCUGCAUCCUCGCUGAGCUCUGGACAGGCUAUGUCUUGUUCCAGAAUGACUCGGUGCAGAGUUUGCUGGCUCGAAUUCUGGGCAUCAUCGGCGAGUUUCCGUAUCACAUGAUGACCAGCGGAAAGUAUGUGCCGCAGUACUUCACGCAGGAUGGACAGCUCUACCAAGAAAUUGAGGGAGCGCCGUGUCCGGAAAGAGGACGUCGACUGCAUCUUUUGGUGCCAAAGAAGACGUCCCUUCGACAGAGAAUGCGCACCGACGACGAGCUGCUGCUGGAUUUCCUUGAGAAGCUGCUGCAGCUCGAUCCUGCUCAGAGACCAACCGCUGCUGAGGCCAUGGAACAUCCCUUCCUUGCGCCGGAUAUCCAGAUGGCCUGUGAGGGCAUUCGGAGCAAGGCUAUGACUCCUCCUGGCAUCAGCGGGCCCAAAAAGAUGGUGGGGAGCCUGACGAAACAGAUCCCGAUGCAGAACCACCAGGCUACCCCGCAGGGUGGAUCUGUAGGAAUGCUCCACGGACAAGGUGUCAACCAGUUUACGUACUAUGUGACCAACGACUUGGCCGGCGACUGGCGACGUUUGCCGGACAUCAAGCCCAAAGAGAUCAUCGCGGCGCGUGCCAUCAAGAGGCUAGUGACCGGGAACGCUGGCUCCAAGGUUAUCACACAUCCAGCCUUCGAAGGGGCGGAGGAGGUCUAUCUCCGCGCUCAGAUCGCGAGAAUUACUGCAGACACCGUCAUUUGCAUGAAGGGCUACUUGAAGAAGGAGGAGGAAGAAGGAUCGCCCAUCGAGCAGAACGAAGAGUUUGUCUGCCCACCGGCAGCUGAACUGCUGAAAAUGGAGGCUUGGACCCACAUGCAGCCGCACAUUCUCCGCAACGGGCGUACCACCCACAAAGAGAUUCCAGAGGGUGACACGCCAGAGGAACUCGAGCUGGCAGCGGCGAUGAAAGAGGAGCAAGAAGCAGAUCCAGAAAAGGAGGUCCUACGUGGGCUGCAGACAGACGGGCUGCAGUGGACUAUCAAGCAGGCCGGCGACCCCACGGUCUACCGUGCUUCAGCUGAUCCAGCUGCCCCUCUGAGGUCCAGUGCGGUGACCUACGUCCGCUCCCUCUCCUGGCCCGGUGCAGUCACGGCGGUGCGCAACGGCCAGUUCGCGAGCAUUUAUGUCGGAUACGGCCUCGCCGCAAGCAGCCCGAGCUUCUUCCCCUUGGCACCUCCAGAUGUGCAAGAAGAGCCGGAGGACCCUGGUGAGGUCGAAGAGCCCCAGGGCUCCUUGGAAGAGCCGAAGGAGCCCGAGGAGUAG